AGAAUGAUGCUGGUACCAUCUUUCCUGCUUGCGAAUGUGGAUGUUGGAGGUGCGAAAGGCGCCGUUUCGAACCAAUGCUGGUGAGCUGCCGCCAAGGAUCGCUGCAACCUUCACAUAUAAUGAUUCACACCAACGGCACAACAGCACCCUUCCACCGUUGGAACGAUCAUUGUUUCAGUUUGACGACUUUCAACGCAAAGAUGACAAAGCAACUGCCAUUAGCGCAUUUGGAGCCUAUAGUUUCCGCUUGGCCGUUUGACAGAAUUCAUCGAUUUCACUCCCGUAUCAUUCAUGAACUCUGCUCACAUUGUUGCCUCUCCACCGAAUCUUGGAAAUCGAGGAACAUGACAAUCAACCGACAAGUCUGAUGGGAGUGAAUUUCAAGUGUCGGCUCUUCCUCCUCCUUGGACUUCAUUGGGCAAGAACAUUACUUGCGCUUGUCGAUACCAUAAACUGCUACCGGUGUUUCGGCCAUGUCAUCCAACGAAGAGCGACGAACGGCUUGUCAAAGGACAGGGAUAACCAGCCUCAGCAAAAAGCGGCCAUCAGUGCCGAACGACCAGUGCUGCAAAUAUGCGCCAAAGGCAACGAACAAGACUUGCGGAGAAGACGAAUCCUCAAGAAUGCUCCCAGGUGGAGUUGCAAGGUUGGUCCCCAUGAAGAAGGCUACAUGCACAGACAUGUCGAAAGCGGCGACUGUCGAGCGCAAUGCCCUUGUUUCCGCUGGAACACCAGCAUGUGGGUCGAUGAUGAAGCAUGCCGACCCGAACGGGGCGGAGGCGAAUCUCAAGGUUCCUGCACUGAAAGCAUCAGGGGCUGCGUUGAAGGAGGAGGGUCCUCAUGCAACAAAGGACAAGGCACACGAACAAUGCCACGCGACUCUCAAUAAUCUUCUCGCACUCUUGAAUAGUCCCGAGAACGAGAAGUUCUGCUCCCAGAAGCGCCGCCAAGAGUGGACCAACGAAAUUUCUGACUUGGCACGCAAACCAUGCCCCGAGACCAUCAUUGGUUGCUUGGGAGCCUCCGGAGCUGGCAAAUCCUCGCUGUUGAACGCCUUGUUGAACGAGUCUGAGAUUCUUCCUACCUCCUGUAGCCGUGGGUGCACAGCGUCUGUGGUGGAGUUGCGAUUCAAUCGAGACUUCCUCGCUAUCGGGGCACAAAGAAUCGUUGUGUAUAGGGGAGAAGUGGAGUUCAUCCCGCUGCAAGAGUGGCUUGCCGAGCUCAAGAUGCUGCUGGAGGCAUGCUGUACAACGUCCGAGGACUCUGAGCAAGAUCGAGUCUACCCGAAAAAGCCGGACGAAAGCGAGGCCUCUGCUGCUUGGGAGAAGAUCAAUGAAGUUUACGGCCGCGGCACCAUGGAGAAUCUUGCUGGCAAUCCCAAAGAGCAAGUCUGGGAUCGUCUUAGCAAAGAUGGAAGAAUCGUGUCGUUACUGAAGCCGCAAGAUGGUCAACUGGCAAACACUGUCGUCGUGGAGGAAGGGAGCGUCGAUGCCAAUAAGGCAAAGAUUCUUGUCGAUCACCUUCCCGACCUUAAGGGCGCACUAAAGAGAGAGAAAAAGAAGUGGGCCAAAGGUUUCCGAAAGAGGCUCAAUGAAUACAUCUACAGAAAGGGCAAUGGCAAGGAGCCUCAGACGUGGCCACUCAUCAACAAAGUGUCUCUCUAUGGUCCAUGGGCCGUCCUCUCUACAGGCGCUGUAUUGGUGGACCUUCCUGGGGUGAGAGACGCCAAUGCAGCCAGAGCAAAAGUUGCCGAAACUUACCUGGACAACUGCCACAAAAUAUGGAUCGUGGCUCCAAUCAAGCGGGCCGUGGACGACAAAACUGCCAGAGACUUGAUGGGCGAGCAGUUCAAACGUCGACUGUUGAUGGACGGAAAGUAUGGAAUUGUCAGCUUCAUAUGCACGCAUUCCGACGACGUUGAAACCACGGAGGUCCUAAGGGACCACGAAGAUGUUGUCAAAGAAGUCGAAGGUCGAUGGGAAGCAAUGGAGGAGCGCCGGGGGGAAAUUGAUGGCAUCGAGAAGAAACUGAGCGAAUUGCAUGAAGAAAGAGAAAGAUUCAAGGACGAAACGGACGAGCUCGAGGAGUGGAUCAUGGAACGUGAAAAUGAUAGUAGCGAUAGCGAUAUCGAAGGCGACAAUAAUUUGUGCAGUGAGGACGGAGGCUCAGCUGAGGAACUGGAACAAGCGAAGGACAAGCUGAAGCGGAACGAGGAAUCAAUGAAAGCACUCGAAGCAAAAGCAAAGAACCUCGAAGACGAGAUUGCAGUGCUUCAAAGACGUCUCAAGGCUACUGCGGCGGGGGUGAGAAACGAAUACUCCAAAAAUAGCUUGCAAAGCGAUUUCAAGGCUGGGCUGGAACAACUCUGCCGCCAGCCGGAUGAAGAGGAAAUGGACGAGUCCGACUCAACUGAACCCGACAAUGUUGCACCACCGCUACCUGAUGACUAUCAGCUCGAAGUUCAUUGCAUUAGUUCCAACGACUACCUGAAGAUUCAGGGGCUAAAGCCGCGCUCGGAUGGGGCGCCGAGUACGUUUACGAUUUCGGAAGAGACGCAAAUUCCUUCCCUUCGGGACUCGGUCCAUGCGACAACGGCAAGCUUCAAAGCAGACUUUGUUUCCACCAACGCACUUACUGCAGAGGACAUCUUGGGGCGCAUUAAGCUUUAUGCCAGCCAGAACAGUGCGGAAGAAGAAGAGGAAGAGGCGGAUGUGCGCCAAUAUCAACUGGCUUUUGAGAAUGAGAUUGCAACGAUAGAGCAGCGCUUGGGACCGAUUGUUGAGGAUUUCAUCAGCGAGACCGAAAAAGAGGUGGAUAAGUGCCUUGAACCCGCUCUGGAAGUUGGAGCUUCGCAGGGAUUCUCUUCUGCGCUGAGUACGGUCAGUUCUUGGAGUGAUACCGCUUGCCGCACCAAGGAUCAUCGUGGGCCGGAGCAGAAUGCAUUGCAUCAUAGGACAUACGAAGCUACGUUGAAGCACGGGGGCGUGUUCAAGUCAUCCACUGCAGGCGCGAUAAACCUGAACGCUGAGCUGUGUGAACCAGUCGAGAGGGUGUAUUGUCGACAAUGGCAGCGCACAAUGGACUCCCGAAUCACACAUCUACUGAAUCAGGCACAAUUGAUGACCACAAGGUUGCUAAAAACCGUGUCUAGUGCACUUGGAAAGCAACUUGUGGACGCGGGUAUGGAAGCCUCACGUGCAGACGCGUUGGAGGGUAGAGCCAGAAAAAGCGGCGACGUGGACAUCAGGGCCGCAUUCCGAGACAUGAAAAAGCUGCACCGCGAAACUCAGAGUAAGCUGCAUCGUUCGUUUCAAGAAAGCGUGGCGCAACAAAUGAAUCAUGGUUAUAGUCAAGGACUGUACGUACAGCGCGGCAAGGGAUACUUCAAGAGAAUGAAGAAGGCAUUGCAUGCCUACGCUGCGAAUGGUGCGCACAUCAUUUUCAACCAAGCAGUUGGAAACCUCCUGGAUGGAGUCCAGCAGUUGGUCGAGAUGCUUAAGGCUGGCAUAAUGGGGCUUUCAGGUCACAUCAGGCAGAGUCUCCAUCGUGUUUAUUCUGUAUCCUGGAACGAACAGCAAAAUACAGAUGGUUCGAAGGACCAAAAGCGGAAAAAGAAAGCUCUUGCAUGUCGGAACCGACUGCUAGGAGUUCUCAGCGGUAUGUGCGAAUCUCACGAGGCGACAAUGAUGCUGGCUGGAAUCGAUUUCAAAGAGGCCGACCACGAUGUCGUGGGAGUGGAAAGUUGGCAAGAUGGCUAUGCCAAGAGCAUGGAGGAAGCAAAACUCAAGGGAAACUUUGUGGAUCUUAUUGAUUCAGAUGACGAGGAGGAGCCCCCUGUCCAACGAAAGAAGCCAAAACUUUCGCACCCCCCGGGUCCACAACCUAUCCCAGCUUCACACGAAUUGAUGCCUCGGUACUUUUCUGCCAAACCUCACCGGGGGUGGACACUGCCUGAUAAUGCGCCGAGCAUGGCGCCUUCCGGCAUGGAACGCUUUGUGCUUUAGAUGAAUGAGGUAAAAGUGCAACCUGAGUGGCCAUUUUAUUCGUUGUGAAAGCCUCUGUGAGGGGUGCUCUGAGGCCUGUCUAGUCGAUUCUUCCUGUGGCGGUGGCGAUGGUUGCAAGCUGGGGCCUAUUGGAGUUCUACUGAUCCGAAACCCAGCCGUCACAACAGUUACUUGUCCGGACUUAUUGAGACAAAAGCACAUACUUUAAUAAUAAAACAACGUUUAUG